AGAAGAAGAUCAUGCUAAACAUGUUUUUGGACACGUUGAUGGCUGAUCCUCCUCCCCAGUGCCUUGUGUGGCUCCCUCUCAUGCACAGACUCGCCCACGUUGAAAAUGUCUUCCACCCCGUGGAGUGCUCCUACUGCCACUGUGAGAGCAUGAUGGGGUUCCGCUACCGGUGCCAGCAGUGCCACAACUACCAGCUGUGCCAGAGCUGCUUCUGGAGGGGCCACGCCAGCGGCCCCCACAGCAACCAGCACCAGAUGAAGGAGCACUCCUCCUGGCUUAAAAAUCCCCACACACUGCCCUUGCU